AUGUUCUUCUUUGUCACCAAAAACCGAAAAAUGUGCUACCACAGAGGGACAACAAAAGCCUCCUAUGAAAGUCCUAUCGAAAGCAUCCUGUUAAAAGUGGCUGAAACCAUCAAAAGUUGGAUUUGUUUUUCUCAGUGCAAUAAGAAAGAUGACUUACUUCACAAAUUGGAUACUGGAUUCCGACUCGACUUACUGCAUACCAUCCUGCAACAGGAAGUCCUGUUACAAGAGGAUGUAGAACUAAUUGAACUACUUGAUCCCAGUAUCCUGUCUGCAGGGCAACCUCAACAACAGGAAAAUGGACACCUUCCAACACUCCGCUCCCUGGCAACCCCUAAUAUUUGGGAUGUCUCAAUGCUAUUUGCCUUCAUUAGUUUGCUGAUUAUGCUUCCCACUUUGUGGAUUGUAUCUUCUUGGAUGGUAUGGGGAGUGGUUCUAUUUCUUUAUUUGAUCAUACGAGCAUUGAGAUUAUGGAGGACAGCCAAACUACAUAUGACCCUAAAAAAAUACAGUGUCCGUCUGGAAGAUAUGGCAGCAAAUAGCCGAGCGUUUACUAAUCUUGUGAGAAAAGCUUUACGUCUCAUUCAAGAAACUGAAGUCAUUUCCAGAGGAUUUACACUGGUCAGUGCUGCUUGCUCAUUUAAUAAAGCUGGACAGCAUCCCAGUCAGCAUCUCAUCGGUCUUCGGAAAGCUGUUUACAGAACUGUAAGAGCCAACUUUCAAGCAGCAAGGCUAGCUACCCUAUAUAUGCUGAAAAACUACCCUCUGAACUCUGAGAGUGACAAUGUUACCAACUACAUCUGUGUGGUGCCUUUUAAGGAACUGGGCCUUGGACUUAGUGAAGAGCAGAUUUCAGAAGAGGAAGCACAUAACCUUACAGAUGGCUUCAGCCUACCUGCAUUAAAGGUGUUGUUUCAACUCUGGGUGGCACAGAGUUCAGAGUUCUUCAGACGGUUAGCCCUGUUGCUUUCUUCAGCCAAUUCACCUCCAGGGCCCUUACUUUCUCCAGCACUCUUGCCUCAUCGUAUUCUGUCUGAUGUGAUUCAAGGUCUACCUCAUGCUCAUUCUGCCUGUUUAGAAGAGCUUAAACGCAGCUAUGAGUUCUACCGGUACUUUGAAACCCAGCACCAGUCAGUACCCCARCGUAAAACUCAGCAGAAGUCAAAAGAACUAAAUAAUGUUCACACAGCAGUGCGCAGCUUGCAGCUCCAUCUGAAAGCAUUACUGAAUGACUACGGGGUUCACGGGGCAGGGUCAUCUGAGGCAGGAGAAUUGCAAGUUCAAGGAAAGCCUGAAGUAGCCUGUGAAAACCCACAUUGUACUGUAGUACCUUUGAUGCAGCCUACUCUACACAUUGCAGACAAAGAUCCAAUCCCCGAGGAGCAGGAAUUAGAAGCUUAUGUAGAUGAUAUAGAUAUGGACAGUGAUUUCAGAAAAGAUGAUUUUUAUUACUUGUCUCAAGAAGACAAAGAGAGACAGAAGCGUGAGCAGGAAGAAUCCAAGAGGGUACUGCAAGAAUUAAAAUCUGUGCUUGGAUUUAAAGCUUCGGAGGCAGAAAGGCAGAAAUGGAAGCAACUUCUCUUUAGCGAUCAUGCUGUGUUGAAAUCCUUGUCUCCUGUAGACCCAGUGGAACCCAUAAGUAAUUCAGAACCAUCAGUGAAUUCAGAUAUGGGAAAAGUCAGUAAAAAUGAUACUGAAGAGGAAAAUAGUAGUAAGCCCUCCACAAAUGACAAUGAAAUAAGUAGGACUGAGUAUUUAUGUGAGAAUCAACAAGAGGAUAAAAAUAAAGACAAUUCUGCAAAUGAAGUCUUCCUCCAAGGGCCUGAAGAAGCAAUGUGCUACCAGUGUGAGAGUGAGGACGAAUCUCCACAGGCCGUUGGAGGUGGCCUGGCCACUGUCUCUCCAACUCCCAGGGACUCCUUGCAGCCCUCCAUCAAGCAGAGGUUGGCACAGCUCCAGCUGUCACCAGAAUUUACCUUCACUGCUGGCCUCGCAGCAGAAGUGGCUGCUAGGUCUCUCUCCUUCACCACCAUGCAGGAACAGACUUUUGGCGAUGAGGAGGAAGAACAAAUAAUAGAAGAAAAUGAAAACGAGGUAGAGGAAAGUAAAAACCAAGAUCAAUGAAAUGAUUUUAGAUUGUUCCUUUUACAAAAGUGUUUUAGCUUCAGGACUGGAAAAGGAAGAUAAGUGUAAGUUUACUAUCUAUAAAGUUAAGAUGUGAAUUUCUAGGAAGAAACCUGGUUUGAACAACUGUCUCAGAUUAAUAGUUACCUGUAAGUGGCAGAUUUUUUAGGAAAAUAAGAGAAAGGUAAGGGCUCUUUAAAAUAAACUGCUGCUUUAUUUGUGGCCCAACUGAUAAUCUUGGUAAUUAUUUAAGUACUUUUAAUAAGAAAUGAAUUUAUCAUUUCUUGCCAGAAUUUGCUACCAUAAGGUGACUAGGUUAAUUCUCUUGCAAGAACAUUAACAUUUAGUAUGACUCCUUUUUACUGUAUCUUUGCAGUUAGUAACUGCAGCUAUUAUGUUAAUAUCGAGUUGUUUGUAUUUUAUUUUUGUUUAUACCAGUCUUAAAAAAAAAAAAAAGAUACAGGUUCUGAAUAAAAAAAAUUUAAUUCAUACAAUUGAUGUGUGCUGGGGUUUGGAACUUAAAAGUAGUUUCAAAAAUAGUUGGGUUAUGACAUAAUUCUUAUUGUUUGUGUAAAUAUUCAGUAGUUAAUUUUAAGAUGUUCCUAAUAGUCUUUAAAAGGAAAACAUACCAGGUCAAGAAAAACCCUUUCAACUUUUUUCUUUUGUUAUUACUUUUUCCUUCCUUUGUUGUUACUUUCCUUGUCAAAAGUGGGAUCCCUAUAGUAAAAAACCCCACCCCCAACUUAGCAUAAUGUUCUUUGUAUCAGUUUGCCUCAAGAUAAUUGUGCACCAUUACCACAACUAGGUUCAAUGCUGCAAUUUUCUAGCCUAUGAGCCUGUGAGACUCAGGAAACCUGUCAGCUUCCUGGAAAGAAACCUUGUCUUCCUAGUCUUCAUUUGCAAGCUACCUCUUAGAAGAGACUGCUUUCCAAAGUGGCCAAUCUCAUGUGUUGUGAUUCCAUUGUUGAAGACUGGUAUUUUUUGGAGUAUACUGUUUUUGAAACCUGUAACUCCUGUACCUGACAUAGUUUAUAGACAUUAUUUAGGGAAAAUGUAAGAAUAACUCAACUUACGCUGUUAUACUACAGGGAAAAUACAUGAUGAAUCUAGAUUAUCUUUAGAUAAUCUAGAAACACAUUUAAAUUAUGUCACUUAGCACUUACAGUGAGUAAAUUUACUUAUACUCCGAAUUGUUUAUUUUUUUAAUAACUUUUUUUUUAAUCCUGAGGAAAAACUUGGUUUAGCUUUAUAUGACUAGUAGACAUCCUUUGUACCAUAAGUGAUUUUUGCCUUUUGCCAAAAUUUUGGGACUUAUCAUAAUAAACCUCUUCAGAGCAAUACCUUAGGUUGGACCUAGUUAUACUAAAUUUGAAGGAAAAAAGAAUCUUCUUGUGUUGUUACUGACUUUUGUGUUCCUAAGUAAUAAUACCGAUACUUUCUGGUUUAAAUCACAAACUUAGUUGCCAACUCCAUUUUUCCUGGGAUUUAGGAAAAGCAAUUAUAGAAAAACUUGGUGAUCUUUAUUUUAUUUUAACCUAUAACCUUACAGAGGAAAAAUCAGAGUUUAAUAAUUUUAAUUCUUUUAUUCUAUUUUGUUUCUACUAUCUUGAUUUGGGAGAGAGAUCUUCAUAACAUAGUAUCAGUUUUAUUCAGUGCUCUCUGAGGUGACAUUUCUUAAUUCUGAAAGAUUAGAUAAUUUGAAUCAGAAUUUUCCAGUCUUCCAAUCUGAUCUGUUUUAUUCACUAGCCAUUACAUAGUUUCAUGAAAACUCUACUUGUUGAAAUCAUGAUCUAAAGAUCUUGGAACAUUAACCAAAUAUUAGGUGUUUUGUAAGUAGUUUUUCAAAUUUUCUUUCAUCUUAUAAAAUAUUUUCAAGGGGCUGGGG